AUGCGCUUCCGCCGUGUUUCCCUAGCCGUCGGUGCUGUUGCUGUCGGAGGUGCUGCCCUAUACCAGUACCGCCAGUCUUCCUCUUCGACCCCCGCUCACUCUGCUUCGUCUACCAACUACGCCUCUCCUCCUGCUCCUGGUGCUACUGGUCCCGUGUCUGAAGAAGUCGCCGAUGCUGUGCGCCGCGCCCUCAUAGUCGAGCAAGGCGCUCUCUAUACCAGUGUCAUCCCUGAUAACCAACCUUUGCACAAGGAGACGGACGACUACGGUCGCAAGGUCCUUGAAAUGUUGACUGCAGAGCAGGCAACCCAGAAGCUCCGCACCAACCAAGAGUCUUAUCUGGUUGGCCGAGGUUCUGGUGUUGUCCGUUACGACGUUGUCCAGAUUCCCAGCAAUGACCCCAUUGAGGACGACCACGCCGAGAAGAUCAUCCACGUUCCCGAGUCGGUUUCUGGUCAAUCCGAAGGCAGUGACUGGAUGUUCUGGGGUGUCUUUGACGGUCAUGCUGGCUGGACCACAUCUGCCAAACUCCGCCAGACCCUCAUUUCCUAUGUCGCUCGCGAAUUGAACACAACCUACACAGCUGCCACCGCCAAUUCAUCUUUGAAGCCUCCUCCUCCUGAUGCUGUCGACGCCGCCAUUAAGAAGGGUUUCACUCUGCUCGAUUACGAGAUCACUCACGAGAGCGUCAAGAAAGUCCAGACUGCCAAGUCAAGGUCAUUGGCUGCCGAGCUUCUUGCUCCUGCACUCUCUGGCUCAUGCGCGUUGCUUUCUUUCUACGAUAGUCGCACAAAGGAGCUCCGCGUUGCUUGCACUGGCGACUCGCGUGCCGUCCUUGGCCGUCGUGGCGCUAGCGGCAAGUGGACUGCAACUGCCCUUUCCGUCGACCAGACCGGUGGAACUGAUUCAGAAAAUGCCCGUCUGCGCAAGGAGCACCCCAAUGAACCCUACGUUACCCACAACGGUCGUAUCCUCGGCGGCCUUGAGCCUAGCCGUGCAUUCGGAGAUGCGGUUUACAAGUGGUCCAAGGAGACGCAAGAUCUCCUGAGAAAGAACUUCUUCACUCGCUCCUAUUCAAAGUAUUUGAAGACCCCUCCAUACGUCACUGCCGAGCCUGUCAUCACCACCACGAAGGUCCAACCUGAGAAGGGUGACUUUGUUGUUAUGGCCACAGAUGGCCUGUGGGAGAUGCUUACAAAUGAAGAGGUCGUCGGUCUGGUUGGAAUGUGGCUCGAUCAACAAGCUCACACUGCUCCUCAGCAGAACCAGUCCUGGCUCAAGUCGUGGUUCGGUUCCAACAAGACAGCUUCUGCUCUCAACGUCGAGGGUGCUGCACGCGGAGAGGAUGCUACGGGACAGCGUGCUCCUAUUCGUCAGCAACAAUGGGGUGUCAACGACCCUGAGUUCCAGCGCUUCGUUGUUGAAGACAAGAAUGCCGCCACGCACCUAGCACGCAAUGCCCUUGGCGGCAAGGAUACAGACACACUAUCCGCGCUACUCACUCUGCCCAGCCCAUACUCGCGCAGAUAUCGUGAUGACCUGACUAUCGAAGUUAUCUUCUUUGGUGAAGGCGGCCCAGAACGGACGGGUAGAGUGGAGUUGAACAAGGAAGCAUCCGCCCUUGCGUCCGAGGCCGUGAAACCCAAACUUUGA